AUGGUUGCGACUGGUGCGAAUGUACAGAAAUUGCCCCCUGACAGGAGAGGACCACCGAAAACCAUGGUACCCCGUGACCCACCCAGAUCGAUGGACGACAUCGCAGAAGGGGCCCGCCAGGUGCUGAACCACAUUGAGAACAAUGGCACCGAGGACCGAUACGUCACAGGAUAUAUCCGGGCUGUCCGCCAGUACGCGCUCAACGCCCAAAGGGGCGACGCCAUGGGGAUGGCCAAGGUGCUUGAAACGUUGACCAAGAUCAACGCCGACACCGAACGCUUGAACCAGCGAAUGACAACCAUUGAAGCUUCAACAAGCACUCUAUCGAGAUCUUUGUCCUCACUCCCUGCCGAUUCUGCGGCAGCAGACUGGCAGCGCGGCUUGGCCACGGCUACGGCCCCCAACCCCCGGAGCAACGGCACCUCAUCUCCAGGAGUACCGGAAAUUGAACUUCGUGAGGAUCGGGAGGUCAUCGUGAAGGUUGGACCGAAUCGCGAACAAAUUCGAACGCUAUCGCCGAAGGAGCUCGUGGAACGAGCAGAACGACAAAGAGCGACGGUUGCCCGACAGAAGAGCUCUACAGCCCUGGCUGGUGGGGCAAGCUUCGUGGCAGCUCGCAAGCUGCCAUCAGGAGAUGUAGCUAUGGUGGCUAACAGUGCUGCGGGCGCGGAGCUCCUCCGUAAGCACACUGAGUGGUUGAGGGCAUUCGGGCCAGGCUCCAUCGCCCAGGAACCGUCGUGGGGAGUGGUAGCGUACAACAUCCCAGUGAGAUCGAUGAAGCUUACUCCGGAGACAAUGGCCAACGUUGCGUGUGAGCUACUUGCACAGAACGACUGGGGCGAUGCUGCCAGGAUCCAGUUUCUCGGCUGGCUGACACGGCCGGGUGCACGAGCAGAGGGCUCAAUCCUGAUCGAGUUCACCAGCCCAAUCGUGGCCAACCGUGCGAUCAUCACCGGCAUUGUGUGGGGAAAACAAAUCCACCACGCUGUUCGCUUCUGUAGAGAAGGGAGGACAAAGCUAUGCAGGAAGUGCCAAAAACCGGGGCAUAUCCAGUCACACUGUUCCAACGAUUUCAAAUGUGGUCACUGUGCCGAUGGGCACCCGACCUGGGAGUGUCCAUCGACAAAGGGACAGACGAUACCAGUUAAAUGUGCCAAUUGUGGUGGAGAACACCGCCCAACUAGUCAAAAUUGCGCGGUGAAGAGCGCAGCCAUGGCUGAGGCCAAACAGGCUCUGAUUGAUUCCCCUACAUAUCACCGAGUGCCACUACACUACCGGAAUGCCGCGAGUAAAGGCAGCACGACGACGCACCUGCUCAGGUCUGGCCUUCCUGAAAGAAAUGAGCUGGGAGAGUCAGUGCACGCGCCAGAAAGACGACAGGAAAAGGAAGCACCACAGUAUUCCCAGCCAGUCACUAUCGACUUGGAAAUGGAACCACUCAUUACGGGGGCACUAAAUGGUGAGCCCGGCCAAUCUGCGAAGCCCAAAAGAGGGCCAGGUCGACCAAAUGGCUCAAGAACCAGGCCCCGAAAUCAGGCACCGCCGCCUCCAGACAACACACUCUCCAUAGUGAAUCGGAUGUCGACAAGAUCCCAAGCCGCCUCUCAAAAGGCCAUCCAAGAACACACCACAUCCAAAAAGCGCCGCGUGGGCGCACCAGAGGACACGAUGGAUGAACAGCCUGAUGAUAGCAACUGGCUCGAUAUCCACCUUCCUCAACCCGGCCCCCCUCAGGACAGCACCCAGCAAGACGAGAGGUUUGAGCAAGAGCUUACCCAGUUCACCAACGAUGUCACCACAAUCAACGACACCAACACUCACGAGCCCAGUCUCCAGGAUCUAGACCCAACUAGCCCAGGAUACCGAAAACUCAUCACACUAAGAUAUAGCCAGACAAAUACGGUCCCAGUCGGAUCGUCUCCGCCGGUGGUCACGACAGACGCGCCCACAGUUGAAGACCCAAAUGACGACAUAUGGCACGAAGCCAGCGAGCGCAGCGAUGACGAACGAAACCACGAAUGA